UCUCGUUUUUGCCAUCAGAGUCCAUUUUGUUUUCCAUUUUCUGUUUCGAUAGUUUUUUUUUUCUAAGUCGCAAUGUAUCCGACUACGUUCAUAAAUGAAAUGAGGGAAAUUGACAACGAAUAUCCCGAUUUCUAUAACCCUCAUCUACCAGAUUUCGUGCGUUGCACUGGGCAUAAUGGCGAGAACGACCAGGAAAACUUAAAACAAACAUUUAGGCGAAUCUGCCCGAAAUAUUUUUAUGUAAAAAAUGUCAGCAUUUGUAAAAGGAUAAAUAACAGUAAAUGCCAGGCCAGAGUAACCUAUGGAAUGAAAGAUGACAAGGAUUUACCCCUAGAACCAGACCUAAAACACCAUGUGAGUUUACUUCUUAAACAUGCCCCAUUAAACACCGUCCUUAUGGGAGAACAAAUAUUGUUAGAAUUACCUAAAAAUGUGAUAAUCGUUUACGAAAUUUAUUGUGAGUGCCCAUUGAAGGCUGCAGAACAAAUGCAGUCUUUAAUAAAACAGUUUCAAGAUUUACAGGCUUAAAAGAUUAACUACCUAAUUACUUCAGAUCAGGAAUUCAGAUGUAUUUUUUUUUUUUUUUUGGUCAAAAUAAAGCUUUUGCU